GGCAUCAGUUACCAGACCCCAGCUCCUCCUCGCUAACUCAUUCAACAUCUGCAACAUGAGGACUUUCGUGAUGUUUGCUCUGCUGGCUGUGGCGGCGGCAGACAAGAGGCCGCUCACUACCUAUGGAGCACCAGGUCCUGCACUUCACCAAGCCGCCGGACCCCAGAUCGCUAUCAUCCGCGACGACAGAGUUCACCCUGACGCUCAAGGCCUGUACUCUUUGGACUUGGAGACCGAAGAUGGCAUUAAGAGGCAGGAGUCUGGUGGCCCCGGCGGCAGCCAGCAGGGCUCUGUCAGCUUCACUUUCCCCGACGGACAAGUGUUCGACCUGACGUUCGUCGCCGACGCUGGCGGCUACCAGCCCCAGUCCUCCUUCCUGCCAGUGGCUCCUGAGUUCCCCCACCCAAUCCCCCAGUUCGUACUGGACCAGAUCGCCUUCGCCGCUCAGGAGGACGCUGCCCGCGCCAGAGGAGAGAGCAGGGGUCCCUCUGCCAGUUACGGUGCUCCCCAGUAACAACCUCGUCUUCCGGAUAUUUGCUCUCGUCUUUGCUCUCAAAUAUAAGGACUAACUUGGAUUAGUUAUACUUCCAGUUCGUAGCAUGUUUUAUGUGGUGCUCCUUGGAUAAUUGUCAACGUUGAAUGAAUGGGUUGAUUCCAUCUUAAUUUAUUAUUUGCGAAACAAUUAAUGUAUUAAAUAAAGAAUAUACAUCGUA